AUGAACGCAUUCGCAGAUAGGGAGAGUGCACAGCUCAAAACUUUUUGGAUGCAGUUCCCUGACCCGCAGGCGGCGGUGACAGAUGGGUUCAACCACUCUUCCAACCUGAGCUUGCUCACAGCAGCGACCAGCUCUGUGUGGAUGCCACUGCAUAACUUGACUAUGCCAGUGGGCGCAGAAUCCACAAUUGCAUCCGUGAUUACAGCGUGGAAACGCUCGUCGGCAAUAUCCAAGCUGUUGAAGUGGGGGUUCACUAUGUGGACCGGUGACACCAUCCGUGAGAAGUUCCGCCGAUGGUAUGAUGAUGACCUGCUCAUUUCAAGAAGGGUGGCAAUUCAUGUGGUCAUCAUGGUAGCACUGCAUACUGUGUGGCGACCUGGUAGCAAGCCAAGGUUCAAGGUGUGCAUGCCUUACAUAAAGACACAGCGCGACCUGCAGUCCGCGACGCAGAACAUGAUUCAGGUAGUGGUGGCAACAUAUAUCCUCAACAAGAACAAGCCAGUGCGAGAGAUUCAAAUACAGGGAGGUUGGUCGCACAGCAUGGAGACAGUUUACCACUACAUUGCCAAUGGCAUAGUGAUGCGUCCACAGGCUUCACCUCAGGCCGAGAGCAUAAACGCACCUUGA